AUGAGAGACCCCCGCAGCCUGUACACAGCACUCUCAGCUGGAUCCCAGCUUCAAAGUAAUGAGUCUCCAAGUCUCACAAGCCUGAGCUGCUUACACCAGGAGCAGGUCACAGCCAGCCCUGUCUAUGAUAUGUCCCUUGGUCUCCAGCCCUGGGGACCCCUCUCCAUGCACAGAGAGGGGAGCGGCUGGAGCCCCCGGGAGGGCACCAUGCCAGGGUCUUCCCCAGAACGUGAGAGCUUCCCUCAGGAAAACAAGACUGAAACCAUGAAGGAUAAAAAGACCAAGAAAAAGAAUUACCACCGCUACGCCAAGCCCCCAUACUCCUACUUGGCCAUGAUCGCAUUGGUCAUCCAGAACUCCCCUGAGAAGAAGCUCAAACUGUCCCAGAUCCUAAGGGACAUAAGCAUAUUGUUCCCCUUCUUUAACGGAGAUUACAUAGGAUGGAAAGACUCUGUGCGGCACAACCUGUCCUCCAACGACUGCUUCAAGAAGGUUUUGAAAGAUCCAGGCAAACCCCAAGCAAAGGGUAACUAUUGGACGGUGGAUGUAACCCGGAUUCCUCUGGAAGCAAUGAAACUGCAGAACACGGCAAUAACACGAGGUGGAAUGGAUUAUUUUGUGCAGGAUCUGUCCCCUUUUAUUCUGAAGGGGUUUAAGUACAGAUAUCAUGAAGCUUUGUACAAUCCGAUGUCCGUAACCAAUGGUUUUCCUGUGAAUUCUGUGUCCCUGGGAGAAGAGUCGAACCAUCCAAACACUGUAGCCAAACUCAACACGUCCUUUAUGAUAGAUUCUUUACUUAAUGAUUUUCAGGAUGUGGAUUUGCCAGAUGUCCCUAAGUUGCUGGAAAAUCAAAGGAUAUUACAUCCCCAGAAUGUAAAUAAUCACAUCUGGAGUCCACCUCCUCUGAGCUAUCCUCCUUCCAAACUAACAUCCCAGAGGAGCACAAGUAGCCCUAUCUAUCCAGUUGGACACCCUUAUUCCUCUUCUAGUUCUAGCCUAUCCACUCUCUCUUCUCUUAGCUCAGAUGAGGAGCAUGAAAGGUACCGGCUAGUUCACAAGCACCCUGCAGAGGGCUCUAAAAUAGCCAAUAAAAGACUGAGAGAAGAUGAUGAAAAUGAGAACAAUAGUUUAGACUCAGAUAGACCUUCUAAUGAGCCCUCCAAAAAGAAAUCCGUGCUGUCUUGGGACCUACCCACCUCCUACACCAAGAGUGUCGCACCAAAUGUGGUGGCACCACCCAGUGCCCUCCCCUUCUUCCCUUUUCCUCACUUGAACUACUACAACUAUUACAAUCCUGGCACUUACAUGAACCCUACGUACUGGGGAAUCCUGCCAAGAUCUCACAAUUCUGGUGUGAGCAGAACAUACCCAUCACAACCUCCACUGGAUCUUGACAGCAUGUUAAAGGCUGUGCCACCAAACAAGAGUGUGUUUGAUGUCUUGACAAGUCAUCCUGGUGAUGUUGUGCACCCAGCAUUUUUUAGCCAGCAUUUGACAAACAAUUGUACCUCAUUUUCAGGACAAAGCUUUUUAUGA